CUUCUCUCAGCCUGUGGUGACGUAGUUGCGCGCCUGUCGGUGUGACUUUUAAAGAUGGGGGGCGGAGGGAUGGUGGGGGGCGCAACCAUUUCACACCUCCACCGCGUGAGAAUUAGCCCCUACAAAUAUGAAUAAUUAUCUGCGAGGAUGACAAUGUGUGGAUAAAGCUCGUCUCCAGCAACCAGCUCCAGAAACGAACUCGGCGCAGAGGAGAGACGCGCCGUGCUCAUUCCGAUGGUGCGCAAAGUCCAUAUGACAGCCUGGGUAACUUAAACGCACAGCCCGAGUGCGUUUCUAAUGUAAGACGGUGGUUAAUACUAAUCGCAGUGGUCCGUUUCUGUAGAGAAGACAGCCGGGAAUAAGGAGCUUCACGGCGGUGCCGAUCUACAAGAGCGACAUCAUCACAGAUUUCCUGCGCUAUCGCAGCGGAGCGAGAGAGAGGGGGAGAGGAGAGCGCUGAUUCACGGCUUGCAGGAGGAGGGAGAGCCGUGCGGACGGGCUCUGAAGAUCCAUCUCUGAUCUUAAAAUACCGACCCCCCCCCCCCCACCCCUCAUCCCUCCCUCCCCCCCCCCCUCCGCCUCCUCCUCCCUCGUCAUUGACAGCUCUGCGACCCGGUCAAUCCGUCAGACAGGGAGGAUCUGGGGAGGAGGGCGCCAAGGCAGGAGAGGACGAAAGGCGAUCACCUCUGGCCGGUUUGAUCCAAUCCCCAAAACCGAGCGAGGCUGGGGACCUGCCUCUCCGUGCAUGAGGACGACACAGUGGCUCCACCGGGGUUUUUUUUUUUUUUGGUCCGUGGAGCACGUUUGACUCAAGAGAUCCAAACAGCGAUGUUAAGCUGAGACUGUUGAGAGAGGGCGAUCUGAACGGCGAAACAGCCAUAAAGGGGGUGGACAGGAGCUAUUUCGCAGUUUCUACAUAAAACUCCCCGGAAUACAAAUCCAGGUGGUGGGUGGAGAAAAAGCACAGCCCAGUGCUGGAUCCCAGGGGGACUGUCAGUGUGGUAAGGACCCUUGAGACGAAGGAGGGUGCAUGGAGGGUUCAAGGCCUGUAAAGCCGGGGUCGUCAGUCUGCCUCUGGUUGGGGCUGGUCUCUGUGGCUGUAGCCUUCCUUUGUACAGAGGCCCGGACCACUCCGAGCCCUCUGCUAACCCCCAGCAAUGGCACCUGCGCGGGAAACUCCAAGUGUAAACCGGGGAUCAUCCUGCCCAUCUGGUAUCCCGAGGAUCCCUCCAUGGGAGACAAGAUCGCACGGGUCAUUGUGUAUUUUGUUGCCAUGAUCUACAUGUUUCUCGGAGUGUCCAUCAUUGCCGACCGCUUCAUGGCGGCCAUUGAGGUCAUCACCUCCCAAGAGAGGGAACUUGUCAUCAAAAGGCCCAAUGGGGAAACAAUCACCACCACGAUUCGGGUGUGGAAUGAAACGGUCUCGAACCUCACCCUCAUGGCCUUGGGGUCGUCCGCCCCUGAGAUUCUGCUCUCUUUGAUUGAGGUUUGUGGACAUGGAUUCAAACCUGGUGUCCUCGGGCCCGCCACAAUUGUCGGCAGCGCAGCCUUCAAUAUGUUUGUCAUCAUUGGCCUCUGUGUGUCUGUCAUUCCCCAAGGAGAGGUACGCAAGAUCAAACACCUCAGAGUGUUCUUUGUCACUGCGGGCUGGAGCGUCUUUGCUUACAUCUGGCUCUACAUGAUUCUGGCUGUGUUUUCUCCCAAUGUAGUCCAGGUCUGGGAGGGUCUAGUCACACUGGCCUUCUUCCCCAUAUGUGUAUUUCUUGCGUGGAUAGCAGACAGACGGCUGCUCUUCUACAAGUUCAUGCACAAGAAGUAUCGCACCGACAAACACAGAGGUGUCAUCAUCGAGACGGAGGGAGAGCGCUCCAAGGGGAUUGAGAUGGACGGCAAGAUGGUCAACUCUCACUUCAUGGACGGAGGAGCGGCAAGCAAUCUUAUUGGUCUGAUCGAGAGCAAAGAGGUGGACGAGUCCCGGCGCGACAUGAUCCGCAUCUUGAAAGACCUGAAGCAGAAGCACCCUGAGAAAGAGUUGGAUCAGCUGGUCGAGAUGGCCAACUACUACGCUCUCUCGCACCAGCAAAAGAGCCGUGCCUUCUACCGCAUCCAAGCUACACGCAUGAUGACAGGCGCUGGAAACAUCCUGAAGAAACACGUCGCAGAGCAGGCGAAGAGGAGCGUCAGCGUGCAGGAGGUGCACGUGGAGGAGCCAGAUGAGUACGUGUCUCGAAUUGCAUUUGAGCCUGCCGUCUACCAGUGCCUCGAGAACUGUGGCGCCGCCAUUCUGAGCAUCAUCAGAAAGGGUGGCGACAUCAACAAGACGAUCUACGUGGAUUAUAAGACGGAGGACGGCUCGGCUAACGCUGGGGCAGACUACGAGUUCUCAGAGGGUACAGUCGUGUUCAAACCAGGAGAGAUGAUCAGGGAGAUAAACAUUGGCAUCAUAGACGACGACAUCUUUGAAGAGGACGAGCACUUUUUCGUGCGCCUCAGUAAUCUGCGUGUCCUGGAGACGGAGGACGAGGUGCUGUCCCCCAACAGUCUCCCGUACCCAAAUGCGAUGCUGGGCUUCCCCACUGUGGCCACCGUGACCAUUCUGGACGACGAUCAUUCGGGCAUCUUCACCUUUGAGAGCAACUCGGUGCACGUCAGUGAGAGCAUGGGUAUUAUGGAGGUGAAGGUGCUGAGGACUUCUGGAGCAAGGGGGACGGUCAUUGUGCCUUAUCGCAGCUUGGAAGGACUCGCCAAAGGAGGAGGAGAGGACUUUGAAGACACCUACGGAGAGCUUGAAUUCAAAAACGACGAGACUUGCAAACUCAUUCACGUGAAAAUUAUUGACGAUGAGGAGUAUGAGAAAAACAAGAACUUCUUCCUGGAGCUGGCCGAGCCUCGCAUGGUAGACAUGAGUCUGCAGAAAGAGACUUUGAUGAGAAGAACAAUAACAAGCUCACGUCUGCACUGUAAAUAUGGAACGACAGGCAGCGUCCAAAGACCGAAAUUGGGGGAAACGGCCAGCUUGGCUUCUUCCAAAGAUGUAACAGACAGGAAGAUGACAUCAGACGAGGAGGAAGCCAGGCGGAUCGCAGAGAUGGGAAAACCGGUGCUGGGGGAACACUCCAAGCUGGAAGUCAUUAUUGAGGAAUCAUACGAGUUUAAGAGCACAGUGGACAAGCUGAUCAAGAAGACCAACCUGGCACUGGUGGUGGGAACCAACUCCUGGAGAGACCAGUUCAUGGAGGCCAUUACAGUCAGUGCAGAUGAGGAUGAAGAGGACACAGGGGAAGAAAGGCUGCCGUCCUGUUUCGACUACGUCAUGCACUUCCUCACCGUCUUCUGGAAGGUGUUGUUCGCCUGCGUUCCUCCCACAGACUACCUGAACGGCUGGGCCUGUUUCUUCGUCUCCAUCGCCAUCACCGGCCUGCUCACGGCCGUCAUCGGCGACCUGGCGUCUCACUUCGGCUGCACCAUUGGCCUCAAGGACUCAGUCACUGCUGUGGUGUUUGUGGCACUUGGUACAUCUGUCCCAGACACCUUUGCCAGUAAGGUAUCAGCAGUCCAGGACACCUACGCAGACGCCUCCAUCGGGAAUGUGACCGGCAGCAACGCCGUCAACGUCUUCCUGGGAAUCGGCUUGGCGUGGUCGGUGGCGGCCAUCUACUGGCAUAUGAAGGGGAAGCCGUUCGUGGUGGAAGCCGGCUCUCUGGCCUUCUCUGUCACUCUCUUCACCAUCUUCGCCUUCCUGGCCAUCUCGGUGCUGCUUUACCGGCGCCGGGCCCACAUCGGAGGAGAGCUGGGCGGGCCCCGGGGACACAGACUGGCCACGUCCGCCUUCCUUUUCGGCCUCUGGUUCCUUUACAUCCUCUUCUCCAGUCUGGAGGCCUACUGUCAUAUAGAGGGAUUCUAAACAGAAAAAGACAAACAUACAGGGGUUCAAAGUACAACUUCAGAGGUAAAAGAGUGAAUUCUCACUGUGGAAUUUGGGUCAGUCUUGUAUGGUAUGAAAGGACAGGAGAGGUAGACCCAGGGUUUUCCCAGACGCCUCCCUUCCUUCCUCUCUCUCUCUCUCUCUCUCUCUCUCUCUCUCUCUCUCUCUCUCCCUCAACCCCUUCUGUAAGGAUGCUUGGAGGUGAGUGUCCUGCCCGCUAGUGCCGACAGCUAAAGAAGAGCCGUCCUGAGCCUGUGCGAGUGUGCUUACAGUUGGGAUUGGGUUUCCACCGAGUCCAGAAGAUGCCGGUGUCGGAGUGGUCCUGCAUUCCACUGGAAGAGACUGCAGUCUAAUACCCGGAGAGAGCUGAGUUAAUCAGAGGUCUAUAUUUUUCUCAACAUCUGACGAGAAACGACUUUUUUAAAAAAGUAUUUUGGGGAUAAAAA